GCAUCCAAUCAUGACUGUUGGUGCCCUCAGGAUACAUCAGCCUCAGGGUUCAUCAAGCACCAGUACCUCAGACUACAGCCUAGAGGAAAAGACGCAUCUCAGCAUCUCAGCUGUCUGGAGUGACCCUGAAGCAGAGAUUGCAGGGGAGCUGAUUCUAGGUGGUGUUGAUCAGCAGUACUUUGAAGGAGAUCUUCAUUACCUGAACGUCACCUGUAUAGCGUACUGGCAGAUUAGGAUGGACACCCACCUUUGAUCUGUGUUUGGGGUCAUUGCCUUGUUGGGACACUUAAUGGACGAGAGGACAACACGGGCCACCUUUAGAUAGCUGACCUGUGUGUUAAUUCACUUCCUAAUUUACCCCCAACCUUAGGAUUAAUUAUAAAGAUUUAUCUUAUUUUAUCGUAUCUUAUCCCUGCUUACAGCUUGUCUGUGUAUGUGUGUCUGCCCUGUCUAGUGUGUACCCGGCCUCAUGCGCUAAGCAUCCUGGGAGAGGCUCCAGGCCCCCGGGACUCUGUAUACAGAAUA